AUGAAUGUAUGUACCCUAAGUGUACCAGUUUCCUCGCUCUCUGCUGGCGGAAGAUGCAGCACGUUUAGUAGUGCUGGAAUUCUGGGAUGUGUUCCUAUUCAUUCUAAUACAGAUAAAGAAGAUGUGGUAGAGAGAAAGAUGGUGGCAGAAGGAAUGGAUAGAGAGGCAAAAUUGCCUACUAAAAAGAAAAGAAAGAAGGGCUUGCGAAUAAAGGGGAAAAGGCGUCGAAAGAAACUAAUUCUUGUGAAAAAAUUUAGUAAGGAUUUGGGGUCUGGGAGGCCUGUUGCAGAUCCCCCUGCUUUGUUAGCUUCCAGCACUCCUGAGCGGGAUGAAGAAAGUCUUUUUGAGAGCAAUAUAGAAAAACAGAUCUACCUACCUAGUACUAGAGCCAAGACCUCCAUUGUAUGGCACUUCUUCCACGUGGACCCCCAGUACACCUGGCGGGCCAUUUGUAACCUCUGUGAAAAAAGUGUUAGCAGGGGUAAACCAGGCAGCCAUCUUGGGACAUCUACUCUUCAAAGACAUCUACAGGCAAGGCAUUCCCCUCACUGGACGAGGGCCAACAAAUUUGGAGUCACUAGUGGGGAGGAGGACUUUACUUUGGAUGUAACUUUAUCUCCCUCCUCUGCUGGAAGCAGUGGAAGCUUUGACUAUAUUCCUACUGAUCCAUUAAAUGAUAAUAGAAUGGGUAAGAAACGGGAUAAAUCACUAUCUGAUGCCCUGAGGGCAGAAAGGGGGAGAUUUCUCAUCAAAAGUAACCUUGUCAAGCAUGCCUUAAUUCCUGGAACGAGAGCCAAGACAUCUGCAGUUUGGAAUUUUUUUUACACUGAUCCUCAGCACAUCUCGAGAGCUGUGUGUAAUAUAUGUAAAAGAAGUGUGAGCCGUGGUAGGCCAGGUUCUCACUUAGGAACUUCAACACUUCAACGACACUUGCAGGCCACACAUCCCAUCCAUUGGGCUGUUGCCAACAAAGACAGUGGUGUGCUUGGAAAUGGAUUAGAUGAGACUGAGACCGACAGAAAUCUCUUGAGUGAUACUUCGCAUGGAGAGAAGUCUACAGGCAGCCAAGAUUUAACAGCUGAGGACCUUAGUGACUCUGAUUCAGAUGGACCUCCUGUGUUAGAGAUGGAAAAUAGGAUAUCUGAGAGUCCUAUUCCUGUUGCAGAGCAAGACACUCCGAUGCAUGCCCACGAGAGAGAAACAACAUAUUGUGAAAAUGCAGCCUCCAGUCAAGUAAGUCAGGCGAUUAUUCAAAUGAUUGUGGAAGAUAUGCAUCCUUACAGCUACUUCUCAACCCCAGCCUUUCAGAGGUUCAUGCAGAUUGUGGCCCCUGAUUAUAGGUUACCAUCUGAGACUUACUUCUUCACUAAGGCUAUACCUCAGUUAUAUGAUUGGGCCAGAGAAAAAAUUUUCUUAACUUUGGAGAAUGUUCAAAGCCAAAAGAUCCACCUGACUGUGGACAUAUGGACCCAUGACCCGUCCACUGAUUAUUUUAUUGUGACUGUACACUGGGUCUCCUUGGACACUGUACCUUCUUCCAGUAAUGGCUGGAUCCCCAAUUUUAGAAAAUGGGCAGUGCUUUGUGUAACAGGUUUGGCCAAAGACUGUUUGGUAACCAACAUUUUACAAGAAUUAAAUGACCAGAUUGGUCUGUGGCUUUCUCCUAAUUUCCUCAUUCCUGGCUUCAUUGUUUCUGACAAUUCCUCUAAUGUGGUACAUGCAAUCAAAGAGGGUGGUUUUACCCACGUGCCAUGCUUCCUGCAUUGUUUAAAUAUAGUCAUUCAGGAUUUCUUCUGUGAGCACAAAAGCAUUGAGAACAUGUUAGUGGCUGCUAGGAAAACCUGUCAUCAUUUUAGUCAUUCAGUCAAGGCUCGUCAGAUACUGCAAGAGUUCCAGAAUGAUCGCCAACUUCCGUGGAAGAAUUUGAAGCAGGAUGAACCUGGCCAUUGGAUUUCUACCUUUUACAUGUUAAAAUGGCUCUUGGAGCAUUGCUAUUCCGUUCACCAUAGUCUUGGUAGAGCCAGUGGAGUUGUACUCACCUCCCUUCAGUGGACCCUAAUGACUUAUGUUUGUGCUAUUCUUAAACCGUUUGAGGAGGCCACCCAGAAAAUCAGUGUGAAGACCACAGGAUUGAAUCAGGUGCUACCAACAGUCCAUCAUCUACACUUUUCCCUGCAGAAACUUAGAGAAGAUUUUCAAGUCAGAGGUAUUACACAGGCCCUCAAUCUGGUGGACAGUUUAUCUCUGAAACUUGAAACGGACGCCCUACUAAGUGCCAUGCUCAAAUCUAAGCCCUGUAUCUUGGCUGCUUUGUUAGAUCCUGGCUUUAAAAAUAGUUUGGAAGACUUUUUCCCUCACGGUGCUGAUUUAGAAAUGUAUAAGCAGGUCCUUGCAGAAGAAGUUUGUAAUUAUAUGGAAUCUUCACCAGAGGUCUGCCAUAUUGCAACUUCGGAAGCUUCUGGUCCCUCAGCUAUAGUACAAACAGACUCAUUUACUUCCUCUGCAGGAGAAGGCACCUCCAGUUCAGGGUCUGUUGGUAGUUCAGCUGCAGAUACUGUUGGCAUUGGAGGCAAAAGCUUCAUGUUUCCAUCUGCUGUAGCAGUAGUGGAUGAAUACUUCAAAGAAAAGUAUUCAGACAUCUCAGGAGGUGAUGAUCCUUUGAUUUACUGGCAAAGGAAGGUGAGCGAAUGGCCGGCUUUGACCCAAGUUGCCAUUCAGUAUCUAAGCUGCCCUAUGUGUAGUUGGCAAUCUGAAUGUAUCUUUACUGCAAAUAGCCACUUUCAUCCAAAGCAGACCAUGAGCCUGGACUUUGACAAUAUAGAACAGCUGAUGUUUCUGAAAAUGAACUUGAAAAAUGUUAAAUAUGAUUAUUCUACAUUGGUUCUGAGCUGGGAUCCUGAAAAUGAAGUUGUUCAAAGCAAUGAAAAAGAAAUAUUAUCUUAA